CGUCGGUCGAACCUUGCCCCCCUGGUUGUUUGCUGCUUCCCGUGUGAUAGGCCGUGCGGCACUUGCUGUUUUACCGUCUGCAUUCUGCUCCGCAAGCCAGUUGCAGCCUAGCAUACCACCAAGAUGCAGCAGAUUGUGGAAAAAACAAGAAAGGCCUUUGCCUCUGGAAGAACUCGAUCCUUGGACUUUAGAGUCCAGCAGCUGAAGUCCCUUAAGAGAAUGUUCACUGAGAAAGAAGACGAAAUCAAAGCAGCCUUAAAAGCCGAUUUGAACAAGAAUGGUUGCAGUGCUUACAGCCAUGAGAUCAUGGGAAUGUUAGCGGAGAUUAACUUGAUUAUUGAGAAACUUCCGGAGUGGGCAGCACCUCAGCAUGUUAAAAAGAACCUAAUGACCUUGCAAGAUGAAGUGUAUAUACACUCUGAGCCUCUGGGAGUCGUCCUAAUCAUUGGUGCUUGGAACUACCCUGUAGUGGUUCUCCUGCAGCCUUUGGUUGGUGCCAUUGCAGCAGGAAAUGCUGCUGUACUGAAACCUUCAGAAGUCAGUGAAAAUACUGCUAAACUCCUGGAGAAGAUAAUCCCACAGUACUUGGAUAAGGAGUUGUACCCAGUGGUUAAUGGGGGAGUACCAGAGACCACCCAAUUGCUUGAACAACGAUUUGACCACAUCUUCUAUACUGGCAAUACCAAUGUAGGAAAAGUAAUAAUGUCGGCUGCUUCCAAGUACCUAACACCUGUCACUCUUGAACUAGGGGGGAAGAGCCCAUGCUAUAUUGAUAAAAAUAGUGAUAUUGAAGUUGCUAGCAGGCGUAUAACUUGGGGAAAAUUCAUGAACUGUGGGCAGACAUGCAUUGCUCCUGACUAUAUCUUAUGUGAAAAGUCUAUCCAACCAAAAUUAAUAGAAAAAAUCAAAGAAACAUUAAAGGAAUUUUAUGGAGAUGAUGUCAAACAAUCUAAAGACUAUGAGAGAAUCAUAAACAAGCGUCAUUUCAAACGCGUGCUAGGACUUAUGGAGGGCGUGAAGGUUGCUCAUGGAGGGGAUCAUGAUGAAGAAACUUGUUAUAUAGCACCUACAAUCCUAACUGAUGUAAAACCAGAAUCCAAGAUCAUGCAAGAAGAGAUUUUUGGGCCUUUGCUUCCAAUUCUGUCUGUCCAAAGUGUAGAGGAAGCCAUUCAGUUUAUAAAUCAGAAAGAGAAGCCCCUUGCACUCUAUGUGUUUUCAAAAGACAAUAAGGUGAUUAAAAAGAUGAUUUCAGAGACUUCUAGUGGUGGUGUGACGGCCAAUGAUGUUAUUAUGCAUUUUUCAGUAGUUGGUUUGCCUUUUGGUGGUGUUGGCCACAGUGGCAUUGGUUCAUAUCAUGGCAAACAUUCCUUUGAUACUUUUUCUCAUAAGCGCUCAUGUCUAAUUAAGUCUUUCGGAAUGGAGGGGGCUAACAAACUCCGAUAUCCUCCAUACAGUACAAAGAAGAUUGAGUGGACCAAGUUUUUGUUAUUAAAUAAAGUGAACAAGAAAAAACUGUCCCUUAUUCUCUUGCCUUUUUUUGCCAUUGCUGUGGCUAUGAUCAUUAAGAGAUAUCGUUGGCAGCUGGCAGGCAGAGGGCUGCAGCUUAUGAUGGCAUUUCAGAGGAUGUAUUAUAAGCACAACUGAUUUGGCAGAAUACAGGGAGCAACGUUCACUCUGUUACAGUGAGAUGUUUUAAAACAGAAGAAAUAUCUCAGAAGAUGUAUGCUGCUUAUUCCAGAUUAUUCUAAAUUAAAUGUUUGUUUGGCCCUAAGAGGGUGUUUGUUUCAAACUAACCACAUAAUUUGUUAUAUUGUAUUAAUUUGAGAAAAUGAAGAAACACCUUUUAAGAAAAAUUGCUUUUCAUAACAUGUUUAAUGUACCAAUACUUGAAGAUGACAAUAUUUAAACUUAAUUUUUAUUAUUGUAAUAUUUUUUUUUAAAGAACAUUGUUCUAAAAAUACUAUCUAAUGUCUUCCAUAAACAUAUAUGAAAAAUAUUGUAACAACUUAUCUUCUGUCAGUAAUUUAAUUAUUGAUAAGAUUUGUUUGAUUAGCAUAUUUUCCCCAAUUCUCUGCCAAAACGCCUGUGUGGCAGGAAACAGCAGCAGCCAUUUUAUAGAGUGACAAGGAUAUGUUUGCUUUCCUUAUUUUUAAGGAAAUCUUAUCUCUAAAUAUAACUUUAAUGGAUGGUUUGUUAAAAUAGAAACCACUAUCUUAUAUCCUUUUUUUUUAAACUAUAUUCUUUUAAGUUGGCAGAAUUUUUAUGAGUGAAAGUCACGUCAACAUUAAAGCAUUAGAGUAGCCUUUGAACACUUGCAUAUAAGUAAUUGAUAAAUAGCACACAAAAAAGAAGUGCAUUUAUUUAAAUAAAUAUAUUACAAAUAAUUAUCUUUCUCUGCUCCCCUGGUACCAUAUAUGUAAGCGCUAGAAAUACUGGAGAGGGCGUGCACCUGCUUUUGUCGCCUGCAGGCAAGUGUUUGCACUGCAUUUACUGCUAUAUGUUCUCAGACACUACUGUGGCAUGGAAAGGGAAACCAUUUAUUUUUCUCUGCAACUUUUAUCUAAACAAAAGGUAUAUUACAUUUAAAGACAAAUGACAAAUAAAAUGUCUCUUUUUAUAUAUGCAUAGGUAGAUAGAUAUAGAUACUUCAACUAUGCAAAAAACAUGGAAAUAACCUUUGCACAAUUGAAGGGCUAUACCACUAAUUAAAUCUGCAUUAACCCCUGAUUUGGGGCAAAUUAUUAACAUUUUAUCUGUAAAGUUGUAUACAUUUCAAAACUAUAUUUUUAAAUUCUAAUUAUAAAAGCUUGGUUUGUAUCUUCUUUUUUUUCAAUUGAUACUUGUGCUAAAUUAGUGUUUAAACAAUACUGUCACUGAUCAGAACAAAAUUAUACCUGUCUAAAUGCAUUCCAGGUAGAGCAAUGAUUUCAGUUUUAAUAAAAAAAUAAUAAUUUGUUCUCUCUUAAUGUUUAAUCACUGUUUAUUAAAAACAAAAUACACA